GCAAGUGACGUGCACGCGCAUUCGUUCCAGUCUGCGCUACGGGGCUCAACUGCGCGCCAGCGGACAGCAGUAGCAGCGGAGCCGAGCCUUGAGUCGAGACACCGCCCGACUGAACUGCAACGCAGCUACCACGAUGUACUCGCUUCAUCAGCCACCCACCGACUUUCUGGAUGAGGAUAUUGCACUCAUGGAAUCCUUAAGCGAUCACAACUAUAACAGAGUGCUGCCGAAUUUUAACGGUAUGCUUGACAACGCCGGUGAUAUCUCACUGGUGGAUCGUCGACCCCUCAGCCGACAAUACGAUAACACAGCUGAGGAAUGCCUUAAUUUUAAUGGGCACAGCAACUGUGGCCUCAGGAACAGUGUGCUGCCAGGCAGCACAGGCGCCUUGUCUAGCCUACUCUCUAACCCAGCCUACUUGGCGGCCUACCAGAAUGGCAACGGUCUGGGUUCUUUAUAUUCCAGUGACAUGCGUCUCUCUGAAGCUUCUCUAAGUAGGCUACUAAGGCAGGGCACUCUUCAAACCUCGCCUGUUGGCACAGGACCUCGGGCCAUCCGCUCUGCAUCGCCUUACGCACCUUACAGCUAUCAAGGGAGCCCUUCUGCAGAGCGGUCUUUAGCCUAUGGAUGUGACCCAUUCCGGGAUUCCAGGAGCCUUUCCCCUGAUUCAGACUCCAGUGGUGUCAGCUGUGGCACAGAAAUAAGCACCUUAUCGGAUCUCAUGGUACGUGUUUCAAAGACUGUUGCGGGAUCGAAUCCUGGCCGCCGCGCCCUCGAGCCCACUCUCAUCCAAAAUGGCUUCAGUAUGCGCACAGACCUGGAUCUGCUCAGCAACCCGUUCUCAUUUCUCACGGACCAGCGCUGGUCGCCUGCUGGCAGCCCUCCCAGUUCCAGUGUGGAGGAUGCGGACAACAUUGAGAAGGCGGCUAAGCUGCACAGAUCUGCUGCGAGUUUCUCGGAGGCCAGUUGCUGCUGGAGCGGGACCUUGCCUCCGCGCACUCUCAAGAGCUCGUCCCUGUCAUGCAAGGUGUUCCUGGGAGGGGUGCCCUGGGACAUAUCUGAGCCUGGCCUCGUAGAGGCCUUUGCCUCCUUUGGCAACAUAAAGGUUCAGUGGCCGAGCCGCGAGCGGAGCCAGAGCUUCCCUCCCAAGGCGGGCUACGUGUACAUCAUUUUCGAGAACGAGAAGCAGGUCAAGAUGCUGCUGCGUUCGUGCAGUCAGGAUUUCAUGAAUGGCGGCAACUGGUACUACAAGAUAUCGUCGCGCCGCAUGCGCUGCAAGGAGGUGCAAGUGAUCCCGUGGGUGCUGAGUGACAGCAACUAUGUGCGCUGCCCGUCGCAGCGGCUGGACCCGGGAAAGACUGUGUUUGUGGGAGCCCUGCACGGCAUGCUCAAUGCUCAGGGCCUGGCCCUUGUGAUGGAAGAACUCUUUGGGGGAGUCCUGUACGCAGGCAUUGACACGGACAAGUACAAGUACCCUAUUGGGUCUGGCAGGGUGACAUUCAAUAACCAGAAGAGUUAUCUCAAGGCUGUGGCAGCAUCGUUCGUGGAGAUCAAGACUCCCCGGUUUUCAAAAAAGGUACAAGUGGACCCCUACCUGGAGGACUCCAUGUGCUCUUCGUGCCAGAAGCAGCCGGGUCCCAUCUUCUGCCGCGAUAUGGUCUGCUUCCGCUACUACUGCCGUGCCUGCUGGAAUUGGCACCACAACGUUGAUGGAAUGCGCAACCACAAGCCUCUCAUGCGCAACAAAGCCAACACACGCUGAGCCACAUCCCUCCAACUGCACAACCCCAGCAGCCCGUAUUUUUUAGGAAGCAGCCUCCUUGCUCGAGCAUUUUCCCACUUAUUCAGCGUGACCCCCGUUGUUUGUUUUAACCACCCGCUGUUGUUGUUUGUGCACAUACUUCUCGCGCUGUUACUUUUUUUUCCUUCUUUCACGCCGCUCUUGUUUUAACCCUCUUGCUGUUACCUGUUUUCUGUUGUCAUCCUGCCUUUUCGCUCUCCGCCGAAGAUGACUGGAGAGAGAUGGGGGGAAUGUUUUUUUUUCCCUCAUGUUUUUCUAAGCUGUGUGCACUGGUUGUUAUGUGUGGUUGUUAGAUCGUUCUUCCUUCCCUUUGUUAGAUAACUAAAAAAAAAAGUGCUUUACCUAUUGUUUUGUACAAGAAACAGGGGCAAGUGUCCCACACGUCCAUCCUCUCUGCUACUGCUGUGCCUUUAUUUUCGUGUCUGCAGACGCUUUUCCCUUUUGUGUGUCGCCAUUUACUAGUACGGAGUACUAACAUAGAAAAAAAAUAUAAUCUUGCCUCAGGGGAGGUCGAUACGCACUGGCAGGGUGGAUGUUCGUCGUUGCUCGUGUGCCUUUUUUUUUUCCCAAUUGCUAGUCCUUUUUUAUGCUCUUUGGAGGUUGUUUGCCUACACCAGCACCUCUUGUGUACCUUUUUUUUUCUGCUCGAACAAGUGUUUUUAUUUACACAGGGGCAAAUGUUUUUCUCAAAGCCCUGUAGUCCACAAAGUGCUGCGAUACCAACGUGAUUCUUUUUUUUUUUUUUUUUACUAGAGUUCUUCGGGGGAAUAUUUAUUAGUUUUACUUGUACAGAUGGCAUACAUGGGCAAGGAUUUAAAAUCCAGUGAUUGCCUUUUGUAGUUCUCUUAAGCCCAUUUUAAUACCACCCCCCGGCUCUGCUCUUAAGACCUUUCUUACAUACGUGCCCUUUCUUUGUACGACAUCCUCCACCGUUAGCACAUUCUACUAGUCAAGCCUUUUUUUUGUCUAUUUUUAAACAUUUGAAACUGUUCCUUCUUUAUGUAAAACAAAUACAGACAUCAUUGUGUCAUUGUAGUCUACUGCAUUUCUACACUGUUAUGAACAGUUCCUGUGAAUGCCUUAAAUAUUUCCAGGUGCAAAGUUUUAAUGGCUCAGCUGUUGUUGGGCAAAUAGGGUGCUUGAAGGUUGAGGUACUUUUUUUUCCUAUAUAGUGAGAAACACCGGUAGCUCUGUACGGAUUUGACUACGGAAUGGAUCACGGACCAAAUUUCUCAAAUGCAAUCGGAGGCCUUGAAGCCAUCUCCUUCUGCAUGGAAGUUUGGGAUCUGCAAAUUUUUGAUGUUUUUGUGCAUUGGGAACAUCGAGACCAAUGUUUCAUUUUUUUCUGUAAUCCUACGAAAAAUAAAUUCCUGCAUAUGAAUUUU